AUGUCUAAGAACAUAUAUACAAAAUCGACCGCUUUGAGAGCUCCAAACUCUCCUUCCCAAUCUAGGCAAGCAUCAAUAGUGGAGAUGCUUUCUUCUCCUCCACACUUGGAGCAACAGGGUUCAAGCUCCUCAACUAAUAGUGCUUCGAAGGAUCUCAAUUUGGGGCCUGCAUCUUUUGGUUCCGAGUUGGGAAGGGUUACAAGCAAUUUACGUCGGGGUGUUCCACUAGUGGCAUCAUCUUCAUCCUCUUCUUAUUCAGUUCCUAAAGCAUCUGCAGAGCCUUUUGACUCACAAUCACAGCAGGAGCAGCAACAAUUGUAUUCAUCAUCUUCCCUUUCCAGAAAUCCAUCAGUGUCGUCUUCUAUUUUGGCAGGCACGUCAAUGGAAUGGAAAGACAUCCCGUUGAGCGAAUUAGUCGAAAAGAACAAAUUGAUUGUUGUCAAUGACGAUAUUUCGGUGGAGGACGCCUUCAAGACACUUUCGACGAAUGGUUUAACAUCUGUUCCAGUUGAACAUUAUAAGGAUGACCUCAACUGUUUGACUUUUGGCUACUCUGAUUUGAACGCCUAUUUGUUGUUGGUGAUGAAAAAAAUAAACCCUGAGUCUCUGAGGUAUAUGAAUUACGAGCCAAGGGAAAUGAUUCCUGAGAUGAUUCAUAAGGCUCAACGUGGUGAUCAGGUUCCUGUUUCUUUUGUCAUAAGGCUAUCAACAAAGAAUCCCUUCAUUAAACUCUCAGAGUCAGAUACGUUAUCCACAGUGGUAGAGAUUUUAGGCAAUGGUGUUCACAGAAUUGCAAUUACAAACCAUGGUAAACUUACUGGCAUUCUUUCUCAAAGACGUCUGACAAAAUUUUUGUGGGAUAAUGCGCGAAGGUUCCCUUCCAUGGAACCUGUAUUAACCUCUUCACUUCAAAGCUUAAAUAUUGGAUCUCCAAAUCCUAUAUCUAUCUUCGGGGAUCAACCUCUCAUAGAAGCGUUUUUGAAGAUGCACACAUACAAAGUUUCAUCAUUGGCAGUCAUUGAUCGUAAAUUCGGUUUGCUUGGAAAUAUUUCAGUGACAGAUGUUAGACUUGUUUCUAAAUCAUCCCGUUCAGAUCUUUUGUUUAAGACUUGUUUACAUUUCAUCUCCGUUAUUCUCAACUCCAGAGGAUUAGAGAACGGUCAGGAUUCAUUCCCUAUUUUCCAUGUCACAUCUGCUUCAUCCCUCGCAAGAGCAAUGGCAAAACUUGUGGCUACAAGAGCCCACAGAUUAUGGAUAGUUAAGCCAGAAAGUCCUGCCCCACCUGCUACGACUCAAGGUUCAUCACCAUUGAGUCCAGCUGCAACAGGAUCAUCAGCGUUCGAAAGACAUGGAUCAGUGUCAAUGCAUCAAAGUAACUCAAACUUAAGUAAUGAAAUGGCUGCUGCGACUGCAGCAGCAGUUACACAGGAAAGGGAGAUAUCUAACGGUAAAUUGAUUGGCGUUCUAUCAUUGACAGAUAUUCUUUCUCUCCUGGCUAAAACGCUAGGAAAAGAUCACGUCAAUCCGAACAAUGCCAGACAACAGAGAAGGAGAUCCAGUAGCAGUGCAAGUAGUAGAACAUCUAGUUCUGCGGAACCCUACAAAAAGAGCAUUUCUGAUGCUAGUGGACGCUAA